UGAAGAUUACCUAUCCUUAACAUAUAAAAGAGGAGACUUCUUUGGAAAAUGUGACCAGUAAUUCACAGGCUUUCUUAUAGAUUAUUGUGCGGAAAACACAAAAAGACACAAAAUGAAAGUUCUUGCUCUUAUUUUCGCUCUUUGCUUUGUUGGAGUCUUUAGUGAACUCACUGAGAAAAAACUAGCUCAGCUUCGAGGAUAUAGACAAGAAUGUAUAGAGCAAACUAAAGUUGAUGAAACUAUGAUUGACAAAGCAAAGGAAGGUGAAUGGAUGGAAGAUGACAGUAACUUACAAUGCUAUUUUUCUUGUAUGAUGAAAAAGAUUAAAGUUUUGAAUGCAGACGGAACUUUGAAUGAAGAAAAAGCCCGCAAAAGGAUGUUGAAUGAUCUCCCUGAAGACAAAAUUGAAGGAGUCAUGAUGAAAUGCAAGGACAUGAAAGGUGACACCGACUGUACGACUGCUAUGAAAUUGAUGAAGUGUUAUGCUACUGAGAAGGCUUUCAUUAGACUCAUGACAGAGAAAAAUCAAUAAUUGAUUCUAUGUGUUCUAAAUGAUACUCGGUUUUAAUUAAAUGUAUACAUUUAGUUAAGAAAGUUAAAUUUAUCAUUUCUUUUGUUUAUAAAAUUAUUAUGUGAAAAAUAAAUAUGAAUAGCUUUAAA